AUGUGUCCGUUGAGGUUCGUAGUAGUGUUCUUCUCAGUUGUACUCGCCGGGUAUUUCGCGUGGCGCACGGUGAAUUCUUCGCCGGAGCUUAUCUCAGACGACUCACCAGCUGCAGCCAAGGAUGAGCAAGGAGGACUCGAUCUCAAAAGGAAGAUGGGUGAUGGGUUCCGGAUGUUUGUUGAUAUGGCUAGCGGAAGUAUUAGUUCUUCGUUCUCGUAUCUCAUAGAUUUCAAAUUGUAA